AUCACCUGUGUGUGUACCGUUGUGCUAUUUCUUGCCAUAAUGUAUCAAAACCCGUGGAUAUCCAACUACCUGAGUCAUGUGAAGUUGUGCAGUCAAGGACUUGGCAGUGAUCCACACAUCAGACUUGGCAACCACAGACUGCUGCAGAAGAGGGCUCUGAGCUUUCACCGCGAGCUGAGUUGUGAGGAGAAGGACGCUGUUGUCAGGAGCAUCACUGAUAUUGAUGUCAGUCUGCUGGCUGCUCUGCCCAAAGUUUCAGAGCUGAGGAAACGGUUUGAAGGCAUCCACACAAGCGUCAGUGACUGUGACAUGAACAGGAAGGAGCGCAUCGCCCGCAGGUUAGAGGGCAUUGAGACUGGGGAGGUACCCCCCUCUUUGCUGCCCAGCAUGGUGACCCACAGGCUGCUGGAGGAGGACAUGCCCAGGUACACACGCAGCUCAGAAGACACGCCCAGGUACAUCAGGACAACUGAAGACACCACACAAUACACAAAGACCCCAGAGGACACACUCCGCUACAUCAGGACCAGCGAGGACACACCUGGCUACACUGGCUGCAUUAGAACAUCUGAGCAUACGCCAUGUUACACUGCUGUAGAGCCAGCGCAGUACACCCGGAGGACAGAAGAGAGCCCACACUACAGCCACACUCCACAGGACACCCCCUGCCUCAUCAACACUGGGGACACUUCACGGUACAGCAGAGGGAAGGAGGACACCCCACACUACAGCCAGAGAUCAGAGGACACAGCGCUCUACACCAGGUGUUCUGAGUCCCAUGAACCCAGCUCAGUGACCUCACAGCAGUACAGUAAUGAAGUCUUCCAGACCCCAGAACAGGUGUGCGAACAGUCCCAAGCCAAGCCUCAGUCCACCCCACAGCCCCCCCUUUACACUCCCUCCAGCACGACUGGGCCUGAGCUGGAGUCGAAGGCCCAGCGCAUUGCUCGGUACAAGGCGGAGCGGAGGAGACAGCUAGCCGAACGCUAUGGCAUCUCCCUGGACCAGGACCCGGACAGGGACUACACUUCACGCUACAGCCGGCCCCGAAGAGAGCAGGAUAGAACCAGCAACCCUGCCCCCACCAGCCCCAAAGAAGGAAGCACCGCUCCCGCAAUCAGAAACACUGUUCCAGAGCCCACACUGACCCGAGUGGACUCCUUCUCUGAGCGGGAGAGACUGCUGAACUUGGAGAACCAGCGCCGCACCGUCCCUACAGAGCCGACCUCAGCGUACAUGGAAGUGACAGCUCUCUCCUCUGGCAGAGCGCCCCCUGCUGAGCCCAACCAGAGCAGCGUGGCCCUCGGCUCCCCCCACCUCACCAGCCAACCCUCUCUGCCCUCCCCCAAACGUGCAGCCUCCCCAGGGGACCUGUUCAUCGAGCAGCAGGCCCACAGCAUCCUCAGCAGGCAGGGUGCAGGGUGCAAAUCGAGCUCUGAUUGGCUGCUGCAGACAGACGCUGAGGGCGACACCCACUCCCCCAUCAACUGGCCAUCGAGAAUCCGCACUAGAGAGAGGCUGGCCCGGGAAGAGGGCCGCAAGAGGAAUCCUGAUCUGGGCCCAAAGUCUGAGCCCCCAGUGCCCUGGAGAGCGGCCCACACCUCCACCCGCCCCCACCCUCAGCAUGGCACUGUCCUACCCCCUCCAUCUGCCCCAGACCUCUGCACCUCCUAUCCCACCUACCUCUCCAUGUCCUCCGGGCCCACCUUCGGAGCUGCACCCCAGGAGGAGGGUCCAGACAUGGGUGGGGAGGUGCAGACACAGGGCCUUCUAAGGAGCAGAAAGGCUGUACUGCCAUCUGAGGUUUUCCACCACGAGAAGAGCAACGACGAGCCUAAAAGAGGACACAUUGAAGAGCAGUUGGGACCCAGGUACCGGAGCGGAGAGAUUGAAGAAAGACCCAGGCAUGAGCACAGAUCUUCCCAUUUAUCAAGAGGAAAAGAAGUAACUUUAUCAAAGCACACCCUCCACAGAGACCAGGGCACCCCGAACAUCACAGACCUCCCCCAGGACCCAUGGGUGUCAGUAUCCCAGCUGAGACACUCCUACAUGGAAAGUGCCACUACCCCCCCAAGCACCCACAGAGCACCCAUGUCCUGUGUUAGCUUGGACUUCGAUUCUUCGGAAGCUGAUGAGAAGCUGGAUGAGAGAGCCAAGCUGAGUGUAGCAGCCAAACGCUCUCUGUUCAAGGAGCUUGAGAAGAGCAUAGAUGGGGGGAUUCCUACACCUCGCGCCCGGAAUGCUGCUUUGGAGCGCAGACUGAGGAGAGGCCAGGAACGCUCCAGGACACAGCCAGUCACCACAGAGGAGGUGGUCAUCGCUGCCACUGUGCCGUCUGAUGUGGUACAGCCAGGGGGCGCUGUCACAACCAUGCCCCACCCCUUCAGUCCCUCUGUAGCCUUCAGCUCUCUUCCUCAGCACAGCCUGCAGGCCGCUUCCCAGAGUGGUACUCUGGUCAGAGAGGCCCCACAGAUGAUUGAGGCACAGGCAGCUCCGGGCCCCAGACAAGAAACCCCUGUGGAGAGAGAGCCACAUGUCCAGCCACCAGCCCAGUCAAAGAGCCAGUCCUCAACCCAGAGCCAGGCGAAGGAGGAGGGGCAGGAGGUCCAGGAGGAGCCUGACCGAAGCACCCUGAGCCUGGCUGCAAAGAUGGCCUUGUUCAACAGCCUGGCCCAGCCCCCCAGCCGGGUCACCAGGAUUAGGGGGGACACCCGCAACCGCAGGGCCAACGCACGCUACCAGACACAGCCCAUCACUCUGGGGGACAUGCAGCAGGACUCGUCGGGUUCUGAGUUGGAGGAGCUGGACUUGUGUGACAGUCCUGUAGAACAUCUCCAUCUCCAGACAGGACACUCCAUGGGUCAGCUGCCCUGCUCCUCUUCCUCUCCGGGUAGAUCACGGGCCGUGGACAUCCACACCAGCACUAAGGGCCCAUCCUCACAGAAGCCUCCAGAUCCCAGAGACCUGCCCUUGCUUGCCCAGCAGGAGCCUGAGGUGUGUGCGGGGAAGAGGAGGCUGAGCUCACUAGAGGAAGGGGAGCAACAGCCAGGCCUGCCCCAGCCCCGACUUCAGCACCCGCCGAGCAGUGGGAUGGAGAGGUGGGGGCAGGAGGAGGAGCCACUCACAAAGAUAGCAGAGAGAGAGGCAAUCAGGACACAGGAGAGGCAGCUGGGACAGGACAGGCACUGUGGAGGCCUGUUUGAGCCUUCCAGUCAGCAGCUCACAAAGACAGUCCCACCUCCACACAGACAGGGGCAGUGCUCUGAAGUAGAUGGUGUGGUACAGCCUGAGGGAGGAGCUGAGCUCAGUGCCAUGAUGACUGCCCAGCACAUGUCCAUCAAAGAGAGGGUGGCUCUGCUGAAGAGGAGUGGCGAGGAGGACUGGAGAAGCAGGAUCCACAGGAAACAGGAAGUGGCGCAGGUUGCCGGGGAUGACGCUCGGCUGUUGGACAGAGAGCGCACAAACAAGACUCAUGAGUCCAUUGUGUGUGCGUCUACUGUCCAGGAUCCUGUCUCUGCUCUGUCCUCUGAGCCUCCUGUCCUCUCCUCUUCUGACCAUCUCAUACAGGACGUCCCCUGUGCCAGAGCUGUCCAGGCGGAGGACCCACACCCCUGGAGACGCAAGCGUGUGGCAGAGGUGGACCCGGACAGCCAGCCCGUAGAGAUGUCCAUCCAGGAGAGGAAACAGCUGAUCUGUGCCCAGGAGGAGGCCUGGAAGAGCACAGGCCAUGGAGCAGCCAACGAUUCCACGCAGUUCACCGUGGCCGCGCGCAUGGUCAAGAAAGGCCUGGCGUCUCCCACUGCUCUCCAGUCUGCAGUUUCUUCCAAGCCCAAGAACAACUGUGUGGCCAUCUCCAAACCACAGGAAGAGAUCAAGGCCGCCCCAGACCUGCACCUGGAGACAGACGAGAAGUUGGACAAGCUGGAGAAUUUCCUGGGAAAGCUCAACAACAAAGUGGCUGGAGUGGAGGGCACCAUCACAGUGACACAGCUCAAAGUCAAAGAGGUGAUGAGUUUGGAGGAUGAGACCUUCUCAAAGUUCUACCGGCACAUGGAGGAGCUGCCCCAGGCCAACCACAUGGAGCUGGAGCAAGACUUUGAUGCCAUCUUUGGCCCGCAGCAGCCCAAGUUGACCUCAGAGAUGGUGCAACACAAGCGGUCAGUGCGUCCAGCCAGGAACGUUCAGGCGUCCAGGAACCCUCUGAAGACCCUGGCCUCUAGAGAGGACCUCCGCCAUGAGUACACAGAGUCUAGACUCAAUGUGGGGCUGUUGGAGAGCAAGAGGAUCAAGGAGGAGAAGAUGAAUAAGAACAGUGGUCUCUCUGAGGUGGCCUUGGCUGGGUUGGCCAGCACCGAGAGCUUCAGUAACGUAAACCUGAGAAGUGUCAACAUCUCAGAGCACGUGUCCAACAACAGCGCCGUGCCCUACAAGAAGCUCAUGCUGCUGCAGGUUAAAGGUCGUCGACACGUGCAGACACGGCUGGUGGAGCCCAGAGCUUCCUCUCUGAACAGUGGGGACUGCUUCCUGCUCCUCACGCCUCACCACUGCUUCGUGUGGAUGGGAGAGUUCGCCAACGUCAUCGAGAAGAACAAGGCAUCUGAGUUGGCUAAUUUCAUCCAGAGUAAGAGAGACCUGGGCUGCAGAGCAAGCCAUGUGCAGAUAGUGGAGGAGGGCUCCGGGGGACACAGCCCCUCAGCUAAAGACUUCUGGAGGACUCUGGGAGGACAGGGGACAUACCAGGGUGCGGGCACUCCGGAUGAGGAUGAGUUGUACGAGGUGGCCAUAGUGGAGACCAACUGUAUUUACAGACUGACUGAGGACAAGCUAGUGCCAGAUGAUGACUUCUGGGCCAAGAUGCCUCGCUGCUCCCUCCUCCACCCAAAAGAGGUGCUGGUGUUUGACUUUGGCAGUGAGAUGUACAUCUGGCAUGGGAAAGAGGUGACUCUGGCGCAGAGGAAAGUGGCCUUCCAGCUGGCCAAGCACCUGUGGAACGGCACCUUCGACUACUCCAACUGUGACAUCAACCCGCUUGACCCAGGGGAGUGCAACAGCCUCAUCCCAAAGAAAGGCCAGGGCCGCCCAGACUGGGCUGUGUUCGGGCGUUUGACGCAGCACAAUGAGACCACUUUGUUCAAGGAGAAGUUCUGUGACUGGAGCGAGGCUAGGAACUCCAGUCCCACCAGCAACAUGAACGAGCAGGUCCACAGGGACAAGGAGCAACCCUUCUCAGAGCCAGCCCGGGCCUAUAACGUGGCCCGCAUGCUGCCCCCUCACAGGGCUCCGGUGGGCACCAUGCUGGAUGGGUUUAAUGUGGGCCGGGGAUAUGGGCUGGUGGAGGGGGAGGAAUGGAGGAGCUAUCAGAUCAGCACUCUGGGGGUGGAGAUGUGGCACAUCCUGGAGUUCGACUACAGCCGCCUGCCCCAGCAGAGCAUUGGACAGUUCCAUGAGGGGGACACCUAUGUGCUCAAGUGGAAGUACAUGGUUAGCGCCACAGUGGGCCGAUGGCAGAGCCUGGAGCCUGUGAGGACCGCUGGCCCUGGGAAGGAGAAGUGUGCCUACUUCUUCUGGCAGGGCCGCUGCUCCACCGUCAGCGAGAAGGGCACGUCUGCUCUCAUGACUGUGGAGCUGGACCAGGAGAGAGGGGCUCAGGUUCAGGUGCAGCAGGGCAAAGAGCCGCCCUGUUUCCUGCAAUGUUUCAAAGGCGGCAUGGUGGUGCACUCUGGGAGGAGAGAGGAGGACCAGGAGACAGCGCAAAAUUCGUGGCGUCUGUACUGUGUGCGUGGAGAGGUGCCAGAGGAGGGCCAUCUGCUGGAAGUGACUGGGCACUGCAGCAGCCUGCGUUCUCGGGUCUCCAUGCUCCUGCUCAGUGUCAGUCAGUCCCUCAUCUACCUGUGGCAUGGCUGCAAGUCCCAGCCCCAUACCAGAGAGGUGGCCCGGACCGCAGCCAAUCACAUCAAAGAACACUGCCCUCUGGAGACAGGCCUCCACAGCAGCAGUCGCGUUACCAUCUUGGAGUGUGACGAGGGGGCGGAGCCUGGGGGUUUCUGGGACGCUCUGGGCCGGAGGGACAGGAAGGCCUACGACUGCAUGCUCCAAGACCCAGGCCGGUUUAACUUCACUCCACGCCUGUUCCAGCUCAGCUCCAGCUCAGGAGACUUCACAGCUGUGGAGCUGCUGUACCCAGCCAGAGAGCCUCAGCAGGUCAACGCUAUGCCCUUCCUCCAGGAGGACCUGUACAGCGCCCAGCAGCCAGCCCUGUUCCUGGUGGACAACCAUCACGAGGUGUACCUGUGGCAAGGCUGGUGGCCCCAGGACACUGAGACCGGUUCAGCUCGGAUCCGUUGGGACACGGACCGCAAGUGUGCCAUGGAGACUGUGCUGCACUACUGUCAAGGGAAGAAUGAGAAGAAGCCUCCGAAGUCGUACCUGAUCCAUGCAGGUCUGGAGCCUCUGACCUUCACCAACAUGUUCCCCAGCUGGGAGCACCGAGAGGACAUCGCCGAGAUCACAGAGAGGGAAGCAGAGGUGUGUAACCAGAUCAUUCUGGUGGAGGAUGUCCUGGCCCGCCUCUGUCAGAGCACAUACCCGCUGUCAGAGCUCCUGUCCCGGCCACUGCCUGAGGGAGUGGACCCCCUGCGCCUGGAGCUCUACCUGACCGACCACGACUUCCAGAGGGCCCUGGACAUGAGCCGAGAAGAGUUCCACAGUUUACCGGGCUGGAAGCAGGUCAACCUCAAGAAGAACAAGGGACUUUUCUGAAGUGUCCGGUUUGAACCCAGUACGAACCUGAUACAUGUAAAUAUGUAGCAUCGGCCUUGCUGCCCUCCACUAUGUAUGUGCACUACAAAUAUUUAUAAUUCAGAAUGCAUCUAUAGUUUUUAAAAGCAGAGCUUAAAUAUUUGUAUGAUAAAGUAUAGUGUUAUAAAUAGCUUGUACAUAGUUAGUUGAAUGUUGCUCAGUCACACAGAUGAAUUGGCGGUGACAUGAUGUGCCUUGCUUUGUGUACAGUUUCUACAGAUUCUAGACUUUGUGAUAUAAAACUGAGAGGAAUAAAUAAAGGUUUAUUGAAGUAA